AUGGCGGCGCCGCGGGUGUCGCUGGGGGCGCUGAAGGAGCCGCUGGGGCUGAGCCGGGGCCUGCAGUGGUUUUUCUCCAUCUUCGCCUUCGCCACCUGCGGCGGCUUCGAGGGCUCCGUCACCGUCAGCGUCACCUGCGCAGGUGGGGACAACGGCACCGAGGCGCGGGCGACCAACGUCACGGCCACCUACGGGUACCCCUUCAGGUUGAACCAGGCCGUGUUCCAGCCCUCCCUGACUCACCUGUGCAACCACACCUGGCCCCAGGACGUUCACCUGGUCGGGGAUUUCUCCUCGGCCGCCAGGUUCUUCGUGGGCGUGGCCGUGGGCGCCUUCCUCUACAGCCUGGGGGCGCUGGGGCUGUACCUGGGCUACCUGCACCUGUACAGGUGUGCGGGGUCCCGCCUGCCCCUCCUGGUGAGUGACAUUCACCUCCUGGGGGCGCUGGGGCUGUACCUGGGCUACCUGCACCUGUACAGGUGUGCGGGGUCGCGCCUGCCCCUCCUGGUGAGUGACAUUCACCUGCACAGGUGUGCUCUGGGGUGUUACCUGUACAGCCUGGGGGCGCUGGGGCUGUACCUGGGCUACCUGCACCUGUACAGGUGUGCGGGGUCGCGCCUGCCCCUCCUGGACCUGCUCUUCUCGUGCCUCGGUGCCGCUCUCUGGCUCGGCGCCUCCUCGGCCUGGGCCCAGGGCCUGCGCCACGUCCGGGCGGCCGUGACCGCGCCCCUCCCCCACUGCCCCUCCCCCACCGCCAGCUGCGCCCCCCCCGCGGCCACGCCCAUGGGGGGGCUGGGGGCGUCCGUGGCCUUCGGGUUCCUCAAUCUCCUGCUCUGGGCCGGCGGCUCCUGGUUCGUCUACAAGGAGACCCCUCUGCACCGCCCGGCCCCGCCCCCUGACCCCGCCCCCAUGUGACCACGCCCCCUCCCCCACACUUUUCUAGCGGUGCCGAUUUGGGGGGGCGGGGCUGAAACGUGGGGGGCGGGGCCGGGCGUUGGGGGAGGGGCUUUGUGCGCUGAGCUCUGGGGGGGGAGGGGAGGGGAAGGGUGGGGGAGGGGUGGGUGACGGUGACGCCUUGGGGGGCCUUGGGUUGACCUUUGGGUGACCUCGCUUGGCCUUGGGUGGGUGUGGUCUGGACCUUGGGGGGGCCUUGGGUUGGUUGGGCUUGGCCUUGGGUUGGCCUUGGGUUGGGCUUGACCCUGAGUUGGUUUUUGGGUUGGUCUUGACCUUGGGUUGGUCUUGACCAUGGGUUGAUCUUGACUUCGGGUUGGUCUCGACUUUGGGUUGAUCUUGACCUUGGCUUGGUUUUGACUUUAGGUUGGUCUUGGGGUUGGUCUUGGCCAUGGUUGGGUCUUAACUUGGGCCUGAUCUUAAUCAUGACUUGGUCUUGACCUUGGGUUGGUCUUGGCUUCAGGUUGACUUUGGCCAUGGAUUGGUCUUGACUUUGGGUUGGUCUUGACCUUGGGUUGGUCUUGACUUUGGGUUGGUCUUGACUUCAGUUUGGUCUUGACCAUUUGUUAGUCUUGACUUUGGGUUGGUCUUGACUUUGUUGGUUUUGACUUUAGGUUGGUCUUUGGUUUGGUCUUGGCCAUUGGUUGGUCCUGACUUUGGGUUGGCCUUGACUUCGGGCUGGUCUUGACUCUGGGUUCAUUGGUCUUGGCCAUGGUUGGGUCUUAACUUGGGCCUGAUCUUAAUCAUGACUUGGUCUUGGCCUUGGGUUGGUCUUGGCCAUGAGUUGGUCUUGGCUUUGGGUUGACUUUGGCCAUGGAUUGGUCUUGACCUUGGGUU